AUUUGCCUCUUGGCUGCGGACUGUGUGGGUUUUACUAGCCCUGGCGGCUUCCUCUGCUAUUCGCUGCUGGCUUCCUCCAGCUUAUUAGCGCCAGGCAGGAAACAAGCGGGCUUCCUUCUUUUGUACACUGCCUGCCCGGCACACUCGCAGGCUCCCAUCGCCCCCCGAUUUGCAGCGACGGCAGCCGCUCGGCGAGGGGACCCGCUCCGACUCGCCUCCUUGGGUCUCCCUUUUCGUACUAGUCAGCCGCCGCCUUGCGAGAGCCGCCGUCUCCGGUUCCAGCCGCAGCCUAACGUGUCUGGCUCGUCGGAGACUCCUCGAUGCCUUCGCCGUGAGGGAGGAGGAUCGGCGCGCCUGGACAGUCGGCCCAAUAUGUCAAGACCUCUGAUCACUAGGUCCCCUGCAUCUCCUUUGAACAAUCAAGGCAUCCCCACGCCAGCACAGCUUACAAAAUCCAAUGCGCCAGUACAUAUUGAUGUGGGUGGGCACAUGUACACCAGCAGCUUGGCCACACUUACUAAAUAUCCUGAUUCAAGAAUUGGGAGGCUUUUUGAUGGCACGGAGCCAAUCGUUUUGGACAGCCUGAAGCAGCACUACUUCAUCGACAGAGAUGGCCAAAUGUUCAGAUAUAUCUUGAACUUUCUACGAACAUCAAAACUCCUCAUACCAGAUGAUUUCAAGGAUUAUACCUUGUUAUAUGAAGAAGCAAAGUAUUUUCAGCUUCAGCCCAUGCUAGGGGAAAUGGAACGGUGGAAACAGGAUCGGGAGACAGGUCGAUUUUCGAAAUCCUGCGAGUGUUUGGUUGUGCGAGUUGCUCCAGAUCUUGGAGAGAGGAUUACCUUGAGUGGUGACAAGUCCUUGAUAGAAGAGGUUUUCCCAGAAAUUGGUGACGUGAUGUGCAAUUCAGUGAAUGCAGGUUGGAAUCAUGACUCAACACAUGUCAUCAGAUUUCCUUUAAAUGGAUAUUGUCAUCUCAAUUCAGUUCAGGUGCUUGAACGAUUGCAACAAAGAGGAUUUGAAAUUGUUGGCUCAUGUGGAGGAGGAGUGGACUCUUCCCAGUUCAGUGAAUAUGUACUUAGGCGAGAACUCAGAAGGACAUCUCGUUCAUCCUCUGUCAUUCGAAUAAAGCAAGAGCCUCUGGACUAAGAACUGUUUUUUCUUAUGCAACAACAAAAAGGGGGACCUUUUUCAUGUGCAGAUGGGACACCAAAAGAGCCCUGGAAUGAAAAGUUGAAUAAAGACACAUUUAUAUCAAAUAUAGAGACCAUACCUGUAUUCAUAUGGGAGCAUUUGGAAUAGUAAUAAUAACCUCAAGGUGUAAAAUAUGUAUAUGUGAAAUGUUAGAAAUGCAAAAAGGAAAAAAAAACCUAAAAAUGGUAGGUGAGGUUGGUGCUGUGAUGGCCAUUAAGUGUCCUGGCCUCAACUAGGCCUGAUUAACAAUAAAGAAGCCAUUGCCAUUAGAGGAGGCUCAGAACUCCUUUCCAUUUCCCCUUGCCAAAUGGCAAUCUGCUUUCCAGUGUGUACACCUUGAAUCAAUUUGCAGAUGUCUGUCUUAGAGGUGACUGGGCACAACUCCAGGAAACAUCCAUCCGUUAUGUAAGGAAGGUCAAGGACAGGAAUUAUAGAUGUAGCUUGUACAGAAGUUGUACGCUUCUGUCCACAAGAUGUGAACAUUCUUUUUCUUUUUUUCUGAAAGGAGUCAGAAUUUAUUACUUCUUAGUAGAUUUGCUCUGGUUUGAGUCCAGUGCUUUCAGAAGUUUUUUUUUCAAACUUUUAUAAUAUAUGAAGUAUAAAUAAAUUCUGUUAAAAUGACAAGUUAAAGCUAAUACUAGCCAAAAAAAAUGUAAAAUAACAUUUUUUUAAAAAAAAUCAAGAUUAACAUUCGCUUUUAACUUGUUCUAUUACACAUUCGAUACAUUUAUUGGACAGUAAGUGAUGUUGAAUUCUGUGUGGAAACAAUUAGAAAGUAUGAGGAAGUCAGUUAAAGAAAGGCGAUGUACUUUAUCCAUAGUGGCGAAUAGUUCUGAUGCACCUUAUGGUGCUAUUUUUCUUCAUCACUGAUUUUCCAGCUUUGUUUGAAAAGGUCAUUUUGAAAUGAUUCCACUGCCAGCCCUGACUUUUUUGGGGGGGAGUGUGUGUGUGUAAAACAAUGCAGAACUGUACAACUACUACUAAUGCUGACAUCUCUGCUUAAUAUACUUUCAUCACUGUCCUUAAAGUCAGUCCCUUGAAUCUCACUCUCAAUAUUAUUUUUUCCUUAGUGAGUACUAUCAUUCUGCACUGUUUUGCCCAAGUUACUACUAUCUUAAAAGGGGAAGACAUGCUGCCCGGCCACUGGGUAAAAAAUACCUCCUAUUUAUAUAUCUAAGGAGUCAUUAAUAUCCAGCGUUGCUAAUAUAAGGAUUGCCAUGUCUUUAUGUUCUCUGCCUUACAAGGGACCUGUUAGUUUUAUUAGUGCUAGUAGAGACAGAUUUGAAUAACUGGCAGUGUUUAUAUUUUCAAAGGGAGAGUGGCCAUUGGUUUUUGACCCAGUGUAAGUUGUGAACUUUUUCAACCUGUGAACUUUUGUUCGAGACAAAACCUAACCUAAUUAGUAGGCAGAAAGUUUAUUGACUCACCAUGUUACGAUUUAAAUAUAUUGCAGAUAUACUUUUUGCUCUGCUCCUUAGCUUCAUCUGCCCUCAUUUUUUUAACAUCAAGUCUGAUGAAUUCUACUUUGAUUGUUUUUAUUAAAAUAUAAACGCAGGGUAUAAAUCAUAAUUCUGUAAAACUCAAAAGCAAGCACAUUGCUUUCCCCACCCCCAAUUGGUCUUAAUAAAGCUCUUGCGUUGUCUGUUUCGAUUUUUUGUAAGGAUCAACACAGUUGCCUUCAUAUUUUGCUUAAGUUAUUCUAAUUUUGUUUGGUUUAUCUUAACAAAUGUUACAAAGGAUGCCCAAACACUUCACGGAUUAUUUGCUUGCAUAAAAUUCACCAGCCACAUUAUCCAUCCCCCCAAAGUAUCUUUUUAUGCAGGCUAUCACAUGCUGUGACUAUAUACACAAUUGAAAAAAUGGUGCAAACAUUCCAUUCCUUUUGGUGAGACACAGUGUUCAGACAACAUGAUAACAAAUGUUGGUUUAAAUAGUUGACAGUUGGUUAUUUAACCCACCAUGGAUGAUUGUCUUGUGUGGAGGGUUUUUUUUAACCAAUGGUUGGUUAUUUGGCCGAAAUAACCAACGCUGUGAAGCGUUGGCUAUUUGAACCACCAUUGGUUAUCAUGUUCUGUGGAGGGCACAAUUGGUUAUUUCCUCGGCUGCCAUUGGUUAUGUCAUCAGCCACAAGGCAAGAGCGGUCAAAGGGGUGGCUGCCACUCUAGUCCAGCUGGCAGGAUAGAUUUUUGGCAGCAAUUGCUGAUGGGAUACUAGCCAGAGGACUGAGCAGGGAGAUUAGUGAGUCAAUUCAGCGUGGACUGAUAGUCAACGCUGAUCCUAAUCCAUACCAUGGUUGAUUAUUAUGUAGUGUGGGAAGUACUCCCUAAAUAACUGUCGAGUUGAUUAUUACCGCACCAUCAUUAUGUUGUCUAAAUGAAGCCUUUAUUUGGGAAAAGUUUGAAUUCAGAUUUCCAAGUGGAAAGAAUCCAUCUCAUAUCAUUCUAACCAUGAAAGGCUAAAGGAAUUCUUCUGGGUUUUAUAAAUAUGGGUGGUUAGUUACGUGUCUCCAAUAGAGUAUAUGGCAGGGGAACUUGAGUUUAUCACACCAGGAAACAAGUGGGAGACUAGAUCCCCCAUAUAUUAAUGUUCAGUAUGUUGACGGCAAAAGUUUAAUCUUGGUGCUGCCCCACAAGUAUAAUUUUGUAAAAUAAAAUACAAUCUCACAUCCAAUGUGGUGUAUAUCCAAAGCGGUUAAGAUAAAAAUGCUGGAUAAAAUGGCAAUGCUAUUAACAUAAAGUUGCACUGAGAAGGUAGACUGAGUAAAUUUGUGGUUUCAAAUUUGUAAAUUUUGGACAAUAGCAGUUCUAUUGUAUUGCUGUAUUUGGAUCAUUGUUAAAUGCUUGGGUUUUUGAAUAAUGGCAAUUAGUCUUAAUGAAAUAAAUGUAUGUGCAUUUUUAUUUUAUUUUAUCGUGCACUAAGGUGAAAUGGAAGGAAUAGGAAUUCUGGAAAAUCCACAUUUUUGAAUUAUUCUUAACCAGUAGAAAAAUCUGCAAACAUGUAAGGAAAGUACUAUUUAGUUACCCAGCUAUAUGUAACAUUGAGUGUUACACACAUUCACCCAACUUACCUCUUUUUUUAAAAAAAAUGGUAUAGAUUCUGAUUUUGAAGAGGGGGGCUAUGUGAAAACUGUCCCUUGCUCUAAAUGUUGAAUACUUAAUGGGAUCUAACAGACUAUAUACAUGGGUUGGAAGUGUGUAGGAUAUUUGAUAGAAAAACCAGCACAGGUGGUAUUGAAAGGUGUUCUUCCCUCUUAUAAAUGCUGCAGCUUAACAUUGUUGUGAUUUUUGUUUUGCAUUUGAAAGGAUCUGGGGCCCUUGUUGGGUCAACUUGUCACAUGUGUUCAGUUGUCUGAAGCAGACAUUAACAUCUUGCUCCUUUCUAAAUCUUUGAAUAGAUAAAACACUUCACUUGAAUGUUAUUUUAUGAAUUGAAUCACAAAUUGUGGAGGUCUGGAAUAUUAACACUGUACUCUAGAUCAUAGUCAUUGGAAUCUGAGGUCUCAAACUGAAUUAAAAUGAUGCAGGGGUAAACAAAAUGUAGAAUUACAGGUGAGACUGAUUAGCCCUAUACAAAGAAAGCAGAAUCUUUAACAAUCUGUUAAAUGUCAUUUAUUAAAUCAGAUCAGUAGAUAUGAGCAAUAAAUAUAUUGAAUAAGAAAAAAACAGAUGGCAAACAGCUCUCUUUUUACAGGUUAAUAAUAAUGUGAUGCACUGUAGUUGUAAUUUAGCUACUUAAAAGAAAAUAUAACUGCAUUUUAUGCCAUCAGUGGGUGCUGUAUUUUGCUGUAAUGCAUGGGAAAAUGGAAAGGAACAUCAACUGCCAAAAUUGUGUUUUCUGUCAACAUGAUUAAGUGGUAGCAAAGGGACUGCUGGGAAUAUAUACUGGAAAUGCCAUACAACAUGACCUUCCUCAAAAUAAAAAGUGUGGCUGGAGGUGGAAAUGAAACUAGCUUCCAAAGGCAAAUUGAGGCAUUGUUGCUUAUAUCGGUUAUCAAUGCAUUUUUACCAAUACAAAUACCUCUUUCUAGUU